AUGCAACAAAAACAGCUUCCUACUGAAGAUGUGGAUGCUUAUUAUAUUGCUAUUAAAGAACUUCUAUAUUACAUAAAAGCUAAGAAACAUUACUAUUCUAAUACUGCAAAAGCUCAAAUUUUCAUUAGUGGCCUAAGGCCUAACUUGGCUACUUCAGUCACUCUCUUUUUGUCUAAAACUCUAGCUGCUGCUAAUGAAAGAGCAAAGAUACUGCUACAACAACCAAACCCAACUGAAAAAGUGAUAGUUAAAUUGACAAAGGCUGUCAAUAAUAUGCUAUGUCAGUUAAAGGAUCCUUCUAGAAGAAAUUAG